AUGGCCUACUUGCUCUGUCUGUCGCGCUCUACACAGAUUUGUGUGGCACAUGGAAUAGUGUCAUGGGGGAGUGAGGAUAAGGAUACAGCAGGAGAGCUUCAACUUUGGUAUCGUGAGUUGGAUAACCAUUACCACCUUUAUGCCAGCAAUACAAAGAGAGAUGACAUACUGGUAUGUAAAGUAUUCAUGUUUUUACUCUUCACUUCCAAAAGUGCUCUGACAAAAUCAAAACGUUGUUAACGAAGAAGUCGAAAUUUCAUUUCGUCCAAUACUGAAAACAAAUAGUACCAUGUGAGAGUACUGAUAAAGGGGUUUCGUCCAGGGGCUCAAGAGUAAGAACUACAUGUUGUGGUUCCAUCAUUGACUCUGGGAGUGAUAGGGUUUUAACUAUGUAUAAUUUAACAAUUAUUUAUAUUAAACCCUUUUUAUUAAUUUAAAAAGUUAGCUUAUUUAUGUGUUUAUGCGGUCACCUUAAUGUAUCUGUUGUAAUUUUCCAGCUCAUGUAAUUUUUUGUUUUUCUUUUGUUUUUGGGUAUGGUAAUGUUUGCUAAUGAAGUUGAAACAAAAGAAAAAGAAAAAUUACCUGAGAUAAAAACUUAACUACAACAUAUCCAUUUAUUAUUUUAUAUGCUUCGUUCUUCAUUAAACAUUUAAAUACAGUAAACACCCACCAAUAAGAACCUGUGGAGUAAGAACCUUCUGGCAGAAAUUUGCCACUUUAAUACCCAUGCAAAAAUACAAGAACCAGUUUAGCCUAGCCUAUGUUGCAGCCAGCCCACGCACUCGUCUAAACCAUUUGUAUAGUCCAUUUGCGAACAAGUGCAUAAAAGUUCAUUCUAACGUCCUGCAGAGUUGCAAAAACAUAUGUGAGUGUUUGUGAUAGGUAGGUUUCUUGCGGGUUAACGUUAAUGUUAUGCGCCUCAUGAGUUGCCUAAUUCUUUGCGUGCACAUGCCAAUAUUAAAAGGCACAGUGACAUGUCAAAAUUCACAGAAGGGAGUUGGCAAUGAUCGUUUGCAGUUUACAGCAAAUAAUAAAAGAGCAGUUCAAACUUUAAAGCCUUCUUCUGGACAAAAAAAUACUUUGAGAGAAUUCCUUGUGAUUUUUUUAUAGGAAUUUGCUUGUAUAAAUUUGCCCAGUGGUUUUCUAGCAUCUUCCAAUCACUGCAGAUGCACUGUCACAUAUUCUGCAAUCUAGCUGACAGUUCUAGGCUUCUGGCAUCCAAAACAAAAAAUUCAGGAAAUCAUUAUCUUCACAGCCAAAAAUAAAACCUACUACAUGUGGCUAUCCAGGUGCAGGCAUUUUAGAGAGACCAAAGAAACUAAGGUUAUUUAGCCACAAGAAAAAAGCAUAAGGCUUAAACUACGGUGGCCCACAGGGGACAUGCUGGAAAUAAAAAAGUUGCUGCAAAUUAAAUAAAGUUGCUGCAAAUAAAAUAAAGUUGCUGCAAAUUAAUUAAAGUUGCAGCAAAUAAAAUAAAGUUGCUGCAAGUUAAAUAAAGUUGCUGCAAAUAAAAAAUAAUUGCAGCGAAUAAUAAAAAUAGUUGCUGCAAUUAAAAGCAGUUGCUGCAAAUUAAGUGACAGGAAAGUAUGCGCACGCAUUGAUGGGAAGAGGAGGACUCAGUAAAGUUGUAAGGAAGUUAAUUAAAAGGCAGACCUGCAAGGACUCCCAAUGUGGUUUUUGUGGUUGCGUUGAAUUAUCAACUGCCUUCAAGUUACAUUUUUGCACUCAAGCAUGUGUUUUGUAGGAUAUGAUAGGAGGUCUUAAACUGUUUUCAGCACUACAGAGGUUGAUUUCUUAUUAGGCCUGUAGACUGUAGUUUGCCAUCAACGUCUUUUUAAGGUCUUGUACCGCUGGGUUAUAUGUUGUAAUGAAAGGCAAUAGUCUCUCUUUAUUUUUUUUGUUUUUGUUUUAGCCCCUAUCAGGGUCUCGAGUCAAGGUUGACCCCUGACAACGACCUUUCUAUAUCCGGUUUAGGAUUUUGUGUGCUUCGAGUUCACAAGGCACUCUUCAAAUGUUUUUUUUUAGGAGUUUUUUCUUAUCGAUCUUAUUUCUUCGCCUUUAAUGAAACUUCUUUUUACCCUCGUAGGUGGAACUAGGUAAAGUGUACAUAUUGAAAGGUUUUAGUCAGCUUAUAGUGGGAUUUGAUGUCCAAUGAAGAUGGAUUUCUCUGUGAGUUGUUCUCCUUUGAAAGCUGUUGUAUCAAGGAAAGUUAUUUCGUUAUUUCAUAUUUCGGCCGUGGACUUCAUUUCUGGAAUGGGAUUUGUUAGUUUCUUUAAUAAAAAGUUGGGUCUUUUCUGUUACAGUCCCAAAGAAAGGAAACGUCAUCAAUGAAACAUUUUCAUUGGUAUUUCUAUGUUGGAUUAGGUUUGUUUCAGUCUCCGCCUUGUAGAUAUUUGCAAAGGACACUGCUGUUUUUAUGCCUAAUGCAACUCCAUGGGUUUGACGAUAAUUGUUUCUAUUGAACUCAAAUAAGGUUCCUGUCACUGAGGAUUAGGCCAAGCAUUUGUGAGUGAGCCCUGGAUACAACUAUACUGAGUCCUCCUCUUCCCAUCAGUGUGUGCGCAUAAUUUUCUGUCACUUAAUUUGCAGCAACUGCUUUUAUUUGCAGCAGAUAUUUUUUUGUUUGCUGCAAUUAUUUUUUAUUUGCAGCAACUACUUUUUAUUUGCAGCAACUUCAUUUGUUUUGCAGCAACUUUUUUAUUUGCAGCAUGUCCCUUGUGGGCCACCGUAUUAAACAGAGGUAAGAGAAAAUCAUUUCGUGGUAAACUGCAUAAAUUGUAAUCAAAUCCUGUCAGAAAACAUCUGCAGAAACAUAAACCAUAGGAACUAAUUGCUCAAUAUGCAUGGAACAGACCAGCAACCUCAACCUCUAAAUGUGGCACUCAAAGUGGUAAAAUAAAAUUUGCUCAGUGUAGAAUACUCCAUGCACUGCAUAAACUACACAAAAAGAGAGCAAGAAAAACCACUGUUGUUCAAGCUGACUCUUCGGUCACGUUAAUUGCACUAUCAAAAGCUCAAUCUCCCUUCUCACAAGCUAUAUAUUAUAUAAAUUAGUUGUGUUUGGCCUGUCAAUGCUUAAUUCAAAUCAGGCUAAUCACAUUAAACUGUGUAACAAACGAGCCAAUCAAAAAUGCUCACAUAUGUCCUUGCGACUGAGGGAUUCAAACAUGAUAUCGUGAAGCAAGUUAAGCCUAAGAAGAUCAUCAUUGCAAGUUACAUGUAAGCUUAAAUUAUGAUGAACAAUUUAACAAAGGGAGGUAACUAUCAGUGGUAAAAAGGGGGGUACCUAUGAGUUAUUUUUUAAGUAUAUAUUCAUAAGUCUCGCUUGCUCAAGAAAUGAGGAGGCAAUUACAUCUACAUGAAGCAGGAUUUUCUUGUGACAAGUUUUUGACUUCCUACUUUAUUGACAGUCAAGUAUUCUUCAAGAUAUUUUAUUUUAUAUAUGGUAUUUGACAAUUUGUUUCUGAAGUGAUUGAAUACAUGUGCAUAAAUACACGAAAAUUAAGGGCCUAGAUUCGAGUAUGAGAGAAAUUACACCAUUGCCAGAGAGCAAAAAAAGUGAUGAACAUGGCAUGUCAUUUCGGUCAUCGCUGAAAUGAAAGAAUGAAAGUUUACAACACCCGACCAGUUAGCCUCACCAUCUGCCCCAUUGAUCGAAGUUUUGCUCAUUAAGAUUCUUCUUUUACUCGACCACUUGUUCCAAAGUAAUCACCACUUUUAAGCAAUAGAAUUCGUGGACCAACCUAUUCCGGAAAAGCUCUAAAUCUUUUGCAUUAACUUUUCCUAAGCUUUCUUCACAAAACAUUUCGUGGCGAGCUCCUGAGUCAUGCCGCAAUUCAUUAUAUCCCAAGUUUCCAUGGUCACUGCUAUGUUCAACCCUGCAGGGACCAUGUCUUCUCUUUUGUGGACUAUUUACAAGGAACAAAACAUGGCUUACAGAUUCUGAAUCUGCAAUUGAGACUAACAAGAAAUUUGGUUAUCAGUUUUGUUAGGGUUAUAUGACAUAAUACAAUUAUUAUGAAUAACUUUAAAAAGUUUAAAAUUUAUUUUUGUGAUUUUAAAUCAACAAUCUAUCUCAUUACGGAAUCGCGCCUGUAGAUACGCGUCGCUAGUAAAUGCAAAUUUUUCUGUCAAUCAAAUGUGUCCUAUUAUUUGUAGGUGGAAAUUGGUAAAACAUCGUUAUUGUUUUGGAGACAAUAGAAGAACAAAAGAUAACAGAAAGAUCAGGUUAUGCGGUCUUAAAGCGUGUUGCGUGACUUAAAUCAGUUGGAGCAUUUCUCCUAGCUUUCCCGCAUUAAAACGUUGGAAUGAAAAGUCUGAAGCUUAGCUUUUAAAAUCUUGAUAGCCAAAAUAAAAGGGGUGCCCCAAAAGGCAAGCAUCUGGGAAUUCAAAAUCGAUAUUUUUGUCUCCAGCGAAAUCCGGCGGAUGAACAGUAAUUUGCAUAUAAGCGUAAGUGAAGCGAAAUAGAAUACAAAUUGCCGUGGUUGUAAACACAACGUUUCCUCGAAGUUUUUUUCCUUUUGAAAGCGUAAAUUCGCAUGAAAGAGCUCAGCUUGCACAAAAUAAUAUAAAAUGAAACGAAUCAAAUCGAAAAGUGGUAAAAAAAAGUCAGGAUAUUUCAAUUCGAUGGAGAGUAAGUGAUUGGGUAGGUGAUUUGCAUACUGAUAAAACUUACUUCUAGCGCAGUUCAAAACCGUUCGGCUUCCUGAAUUGUUUUCCUGGAAUUCUAUACAUUCUGCUGGCCUAAAUCGUUAAAAUAUGUUAUGAAGUCAAAAUAUUUAUCAAUUUGAGCGUUUGCAUUUCCUUAUAAAACAGAGAGUUGCGCAAAAGCUUCGAUCUAUAGAUUUUCUUACGUUAAAUUACCUUUGUAUCAUGGAAACAAUACCCUAACACUUGAGUCUUGAAUCAAAGGACGCGACAUGCGUCGGCUCCCUUUGUGAGCGCGCAAAUAGUCAUGGGACCCGCGAUUUUGCGGGCGACGCGGAUCUACAGGCGCCGUUCCGUAAUGUCCUUCAUACGUAAAAACUGAGAACCUAAUUAAGAACCUACAUAGCCUAAAUUGCCAUUAAGUACCUCAAAAUACAAGAACCUAUUUUGCCAGACUUCAAAAAAAAGUAGGUUAAUUCUUAUUUGCUGGUGUUACUGUACCUCAUUUACCAGUUUUAUGCAAAUGAUUGGCCACCAUGGUAGCUUUAUGCACCACAACAAUAGGUUCAUGAGGAAUUGAAGUGAGUGAGUUCACUUGAUAUGUAAGAACUUUUAAUGAAUAAACCAGUGCUUUGUUUACAUUUGAUCAUUACCAAUUCACUGAGGUUAUAAUGUUUAGUGUCAUGUUUAGUGUCAGCAUAUAAAAUACAUGUACAUUUAACAACAAUAUUAAAACUGUUAACAAAUUUUAAAGAAAAACUUGCAGUGACUCCAGUAGCUAUUACAUGUAUACCUGCAUAGGUUCAUGAGAAAGUUGAAACUGUUACCCUCCACACCAGGAUGCGGUUUAUGCCCCCCACGGAGGGCAUCAGAAAUCCAGUGGGAAGGGGGUCCAAGAGGAGGCAAUUUCCAAGGGAGUGGAGUAGAUUCUCAAGGUCUUUUUUCCAGGGACUUUGAAUGAAACAAGAAUUAUUGUUUUUGUUGAUGAUCUUACAUUAACAGUUAUAGCUGAAUGCUUUUUUCACAGCUUACCUGUAUGAUAUAGUCUACAUAUAUCUAUAAUAUGAAUGUCAUAUCGGCUCAUGAAUAAUGCUGGUCAUCCAGCUCAUUGCUUUAUAUUUCACAAUAUAAUUGUGGUAUUCACUGUGUUAUGGUCAUGUUCUAUCAGCCUUCUUUUAACUUGUUCUUAACUGUUUACUGGUUCUUUCAUAGAUGCUCUCAUAGUACACUGGACAAAACUGUUCUGGAUUGAUGUUAUAUUAUACAAAAAUAUAGCAAGCCAAGGAACCUCAAUUAUAUUUUUCUCUUUUGAAGUUUAUCAAAUUGGACAUAUGGGAAAAUAUUUUCGUGUUGAUCAUGUAAGGAGGACUUGCAUUACAGUGUAUCCAAACACAGUAACGAAAUCACAAAGGUAUGCAAAAAUCAUAUUGUUUCUAAGAAAAAACAAACGAAUAAAAAAAUGACGGGUUGUUGUGUUAAGAAUAUUGUGACGUUUUUGUGGAUGUUUCAAAAAGCAUUCAACGGGAAAACACAAGGAAAACUUAAGGACAGUCUACAACUUAUUUGACCACUCAAAUAUAGCACUUUCUUCAGACUUGCAUCAUCUUAAAAGUCUUCUUGCCACCAGAUCGGUCUUCCAUCUGUUUUGAAGAUGGCAGCCUGUUGCUCACGCUGCGUUCCAUGCCAGCAGCCACGAAAUGCUGCUGUGUGUUAAAGCAUGCAUAUAGUUGGCCAAGAACUUCUGGCACUGCUAUGUGGGCCUCUCUAAUAGUUGCUGGACCAUAUUUCUUGGCUUUUCUCUCAGGGGCUUGCCAUUUAGUCUCACGUUGUGUUGCACAACAUGCAGCUUGCUUCAAACAACUCUGUGGAUUUGCCUCGUUGCCGUGCAGUGGUAGCAUAUGUAUGUAUCACAGCUUGAAUCUUUGACUUUCUUAACUGCUGAUGUAUCAAAAGAUUAUACUGCUGCAUGUCAAUGACUUGAUCCAAGUUUUCUUUGCUGCAAGAUUUAUUUGGACACAACAUUCUAACAUGACAACACUUCUUUUUCACCAAAAAACAUGUGAUUUGUUUUUCUUAAAAAUUAUUUGAUUUUGUUUACCUUGGUGAUUUUGUUACCAAGUUUUGAUAUGCUGUAACACAAUUCCUCCUUGUGUAAUAUUAUUCCAUGUGUGGAAUUAAAUGUUGUUUAAAGGGCAAAUAUAUCAUUAAGGGUCGUUAUGGCUUGUGAUUUUUUGUAUUUAAUAAAACUUAAUCAAGAACAGUUUUGUCCACUUUACUGUGUCUUGUAAGGUAUUGCCUCCUUGGUUGUCAGUGACAUACACCUGUACUCACUCUUAAUAAUUAACAAAGAAAGGCCUUUAUGUGCAAGGUAUAAAGCUGAGAACAUUAGACACUGUUUUAAGAUGAAUAAAAAGAUUUUUCCUCUCUUUAUCACAGAAAACAUACAAUUAUCUUCCCCAUAAAAGUAUAGUGCAGCAGCAUGUUUCAUAAAAAUAUUCUUUUCGGGGGUGUCCCAACCAAGUUAGAUAACAGAAAAUUCUGUGGCAUGGGGUGUACGACAACCACCCCUUGGAACGGAAAUUAUAGGGGUGUGGGUGGUCUAAAGUAAAAGUGUCCUCCAUAUAGGGGAGGGGGGGGUUAUUAUGGAUGUUUUCUGGAACUACACGUACAUUACAGUUUACUCAUAUUAUCACAUUCAACUGUAAGUUGUGAGUCAGGCAACAAAUAACCCUUGUUUUUAAUAUGUUUUUGUGGUAAAAGUAGUAAUAUAUGUAGUAUUAAGAAGUCCUCGCAUUUUUGAAACUUUUUUUGUAAUGUUAUUUCAACUCAUUUGCUUUAAAUAUCAGAAAGUAGGUUAAGUUUCUUGAAAUUGAUUUCUUGGAAUCAAACCCAUUACAGUGACUGUUGCACCUCUCUAAUACAGACACUGAAGGGACAGAGUGAAGUGUCUGAAUUAGAGAGGUUUCCAUAUAAAAGAGGUCACUACAAUGACAUCACUUUUGUGACUCUACUUACAGUUUUAAGUGUUCAGUGGCUAAAAACAGGCUUACACUUGUCUUUAAACUGCAUUUAAGUUUAUUAAUUCACAGUACAAAGACACUGUCUUUUAGUAGCAUACAAAAUUGUUCAUAUCAGCUACAUACGUAGUCAUAGACAAAUCACAGUUUUAAUACGAAAUGAGCUACAGCACAAUGUUGCAUGUAAAAAGUUGUAACGUAAAGCACAAUUCUGAAAGCGCCUUUCACUAUUUUGCAAAUGCAGUAAACAGUAUAAACUAGAGUACAAAAAUUAAUGUACAUAAUAGAAAAGGUCUUCAUGCUAUCUGUAGCCUUCAAAAAGUCGGUUAUGUUCCUCUGCACACCUUUUGCAAAGUAAUAUGUUUGGUAUACAGUCAAUGGGCUUUUGAAGUCACCUUGCAUAGCUUCUCAGCCAGACCAGACGGGAUUUACCCUGUGCAAAUUCACCUGAUCAGGAUUUAGGAUUCAGCUGAUCACUACAGCAUCCAUAAUAAAGAGGUUAAGUUUAUAUGAAUUUACUUUCUGGGGCCGAGAUUUAGUGUCCGUUGUCCGUAUGAGAUAGAGUCCAUAUUAUAGAGGUUUUGUUUAAAGAAAAUAUAAUAAGAAUUUUGUCGAGACAUUGGAAACUGUCCGUAAUGUAGGUGUCCGUAUUGAGAGGUUUGCCUGUAGUUUAGUACGAAAAAGAGAAAUCCAUUUGUGGUGUGUUUACGUCCUCCAUAAAAUGUCGGCUGACAGAGGUAAUUUUAUGCGGCUGUUAUGCAGUGAUGUCAAAAAAAUGUACAAAAAAGUGUGCUGUAUGUGCAGACUUCUUGUUUUGCCUAGGAGUAGUAUAAAUGCAUAAAAUAAUGCUUUUUUGAUAUCUUUGUUGCUGUUGCAGUUGUUCUUGCUACAGCUCUCUAUUUUGAUCUGAAGGGGCACAGUGUCAUGACAAAUGGAAAAAUCCAAAAUGUACAAAGUUGUGUAUAUAUAGUGAAACUACUGGUUAUUACGAAAAAUGUUCCUGUUUUGUUAAGAGGUGCUUUUUACAGACACAGUGUAAGUGCAAUGAAACUUUCAUCAUUGAUUGAAUUAAGACAUGAAAAAUCAUGAAUAUUUUGUUAUUUGAAAACUCAGUGAGGCCUAUUUUAUUAUUUUCAGCUUGAAUCAUUAUUGCAUCUUGAACAUAUAUAUUGCAGAAAGUAUUUUGUUCUUUUCUUUUUUUGCCAUUUAAAUUGAGUCAGGAAUCUGCAUUUAGGAGGGUACACAGCGUAUACAUAAUCCAUCCAUAAAAGUCUAUUCUUGUCAGUUAAAAUUUUAUGUGAUUUUCCUAGAAUGAGAUUUUAAUAGAUCAAUUAAUAGAUAAUAAUAAUAACAAAUUUCAAUAGAUCAAUUAAAAAUGGUACAAAGAUUUACAACAAGUUUAGAAAGUUAUAAUAGAAAGAAUUGUAGAUGAUGUUUCAAAAGCUGAGUAUACGUAGCAGACACUUGCAUUAAAACAUUCAAGUUUGCUUAAUAGAUGUUUUUAAAUAAUUGGUGUGACUUAAACUUAUGGAUGAUGUUUAUACAAGAUGUGUCAAAAGUUGAGUAGCAGACACAUUUAACAUUCAAGUUUGUUUUAUAGAUGUUUUUAUAUAAUUGUUGUGACUUAACCUUAUGGAUUAUGCAAUGAGUUUAAUUUUCAUCUCACCCUGAUUCAUGCACCUUAGAUGAGCUUCUUCUCAGUAACAAAGGAGCUGUGACAUUAAGCACCAGUAAGGGCGGAUUUAGGGGUGGGCCAAAGGGGGCCUUUUUUCCUUGAAAUUAUUUAGUAUUAUUUUUAUCUGAAUACUCAGAAUAAAACGUUUCUAUAUAGCUGGCAAGUGGGCAACAAGUGAUGAUGGUGUUUUAAUCCCUUUUUUCUAAUAAUUUAUUUGUUGCUCCUCCUCUUCGUUGAAUUACCUAAGUAUGUUGUUUUUCCAGAUCUAAAUCUGCCAAAGGCUGGUCCACAAGAUGUAAGAUUUUCGAUUGUUUUUCUUCCUGUGGUGCUGAUACUGUGUAAGCUUUCCUUGGGUUUCUGUGGUUGAAAUUGAAAUAGCAGUUACAAAAACAAACUGCAUGUAUGUACUGCUAGUUCAAAAGUAGUUUAAGAAACUUCCUCUUCUUGGCUUGCUAUUAUCUCUUUCUAAGCCACUGUAUGACUUUGUGAUUUCUCUUUUUUAUACAGUACCAGUAUGAAAAUUAAAUCUUUUAGUUAUUGGGAUCUGAAAUAUUGUUUUAUAUUGAGGUCCCCAAAGUCAGCAGGCUAUGUUAUAUUUUGCUAUAUCAUUUAUGGGUAUUUAAUUUUGGUUUUGGUUCAUAACAUUCUCACAGUUCCCUUGCCCUGUUUGUUCGGUGAAGUUAAGCUGUGUCAGGCGGGAUUAGUACUGGGUUGGGUGAGACCUUUUGGAAUAUAACAAUGUAAUAUAAUAUAUUUUGACUUUAAGUUUAUUUUUCAAAAGAAAGCAGUUUAUUGUUUAAACAUACUUGUAGAGCAUGUUGUUUCAUGUAAAAGGUUUUAGAGUCAGAAGAAAUUGCAAAGGACUUUCUUUGAUCAUAUUAGUGCAUUUAUUGUAAGUAUCUAGGAGAAGUGGUGAACUAGAGCUGACAGAUAAUGCUGCUUUUUACAUCAUCUGGCUUGUUUAUAGCCUUCAGUGCAGACGGCCCACGUAUUGUGUACAGUAUAGAUAUAGUUGGUUUAAAGAAGGUUUAAAGUGUCUACGGUGCAGGCUAGCUUGUUUAUAGUACAGUAUUGUUGUAAAGUGCAAUAAACUCAACCAGAGCACUGCACCCAAUAACAAUCAGCCAAUCACAAGUCAUGUUCACAAGGACAGUUAGUUGCCUAAAAACAAGAUAUCUCUUUAAAUCUCAAAGUGCCACCACCCAAGUGUGUUCACUGCACUGAUAUUAAUUCAACUUAAGAAAAUUUUGUAGGUUUUAAUAAAUUGUAUUUUAGACUUGAGAAAGGAAUCAAGAUUUUGUUGAACCAUUACCCCAUGCAGUAUAUAUAUGCUAACAACCUCAUCCAUGUUGGUUUAUUUGAGCAAACAGUACAAUUGGACAUCUUCUUUUGGGACACCUCCAUUCAGGGGAAACAAAAUUUGGUCCCGGAAAAUGUGCGCAUAAUCUUUGUAUUUAUUAGGUAACCUCAAUUAAAGGGACGAGUAACCUGAUCUAUUCAGAGGAAAGGGACACUUUUUCUGGGUCCUGAAACCUGGGUUUAUUUUAACCUCCAUUAUUACAGGAGAAACCUCAGCACUCGAAAAGAGGGUUGAUGUCUUUAAGGGCACACUAAUCAAAAAUGGAAGCUUUCCCAAACUGAACUGUCUCACAUAAAUCAAUGAAAUGCGCUUGUGUGAAUUCAACAUAUAAUUAUAACAAUAACAUCAACAAGUUUAUUCAGUAUUACGAUUUCUGUAUAGGUGUUACCGAUUAAAAAAAAUUAAAUUAAAAAAGAAAAUGAAAAUAAAAUAGUAGGGAGUUUAAGAUACCACGACGGUGAUGGCCACAAAAACGUCGCUUAAAAAGUGAAUUUCCAUUCUUUCAGUCUCUAUCGCGAUUACUCCAACCAUUUACUUUGUCAAAUGUAAGCGUAGUCUUUGUCAGCCAAAUUCCUAAGAAUCAUAUUCAAGUUCAGGAACGGGGGUGUAGCUAAGAUUUUUCAAGGAGGGAUGGGGGUGGGGGGGGGGGCUAACACUAUCACUAUGUCAAACCCAGGUUACUUACCAGAUUGGCAUGUCGACAUCCAGGCUGUGUUUUACUAAACAACAAGCCUACAAACUAGCUGCAUAGGUUAAUUACCUUCCACAUAGCAUAAAUUGCUCUAUUUUAGUUAUGAAAAGGAACAUGGUCCACUGUAAAUGGAGUAAUUAACAAUCUAGCACUGGAAAAGAUUUAUUGCAUGUUGAUUCUUCAGAUUCGUGCGUUUUGGCCACCUGAAUUAUAGGGACAAAAAACAAUUAUCUCACAAAGGGGGGGGAGGGGCACCCCAGAACCACCCCUAGCUACACCCCUGAUGAGGAGAAAGAAAAUUUCGCCAUCGCUUGUUUACGUCCUCCAUAAAACGUGAAAUUUGGCAUUUUCCUGUCCUGGUCGUGCAGUGAUGGCUAAACAAAUGUACAAAAAACGUGCAGAGUUGUUGCUUUGCCUAGAUUCAUUUCAACCUAUUGCCUUUUUGACGUUCUCUUUGUCAUCACCGUGGCAUCUUAAAGUCCGUAAUGAUGAUUCUUUUAUGCUGUCUUUGUUGGUUAAUUAUUAACAAACCCCAGCCCAACCUCUAAUCAGGGGGAACCUCUAUUCAAGGGACACUUGCUUUGGUCCUGAGGGUGUCCCCUGAAUAGAAGCUUUAUUGUAUUUGUUUCAUCUAUUGGUUCAAGUUUAAUUUUUUGAUUUCAAAGCUCACUUAACAACUUUCUGUGCAUUGAACUGUGAGCCUGUCGACUUUCUUGAUCGGUAUUAUUAUGAUAAUCUUUGAUAACUAAGACUUUUUUUAUGCUCCAUUUCUUGUACACUGUACAAGUUAAAAUUCACACCAAAUAGUAUUCCAUGAAACCUGAAAUGAUGCGACAAUGGCCGCUAUUGUCAAGUAAAAUUUACCCUACGUCACAAAGUUAUUCUUCAGGUGUUAUUAAGUCAGUCCGAUAAUGAGUUUUUUGUGUGUCUUGCAUAAAAAUAGUGAUCAUCUUGAUAUAUUUUUUACCUCUUGUUACCCUUCUCUGUUCAUAUUAAUAAUAAUCUAAUAAUAAUCUUUAUUGAGAUUACUUUUUCAUAUAAAAUAUGGUUUUCAAAAAGGAUCUCAUAAAAUUAAAAAAAAAAUACAAAAUACUCCUAAUUCGCAAAGACAUUAAAAAGCUAAAAUAUGUGAAAACUAUUAAAAAGUACAAGAUAUUAACUCAAGUUCAUCUAAACUAUAAUCUUUCAUCAAAUGUCGGGGAGAGAAGAUGUUGCCUGGCUUGCUCAUGGUAGGGAAUUAAGGGAGAUGUGGUGUGGCCCUCUUCCUAAAGGUCUGGGGACGAGCCACGGACCACAUGAUCUAGUGUAUACUGGGCAACCUCAUAGGGAUUAACUGAGAAUAAAGCAAUGAACAAACAAAGUAACAAUGGAACCUAGCCCGAAACAAAAGAGCUGCGACAUUUAGGAAUCCAAACAAAUUAGAGGUUCUAAAGAGCUGCAAGGCUACGGUUUUGACAAAUGAUUUUUAGCUAAACAUAUUGCACAAAUUUUGCUGUAGCUGAUGGCGUCUUGGUUAAAUUAGCCUGCAAAACGCAUAUGUAUGUCCGGUUUUUCAGAGGGAGCGAAGUGACGACCGGAAAUACGUCUACGUUUCGCAGUCUAUGGUUAAAUAAGGUGUGAAUACCCGGUGAUAAGAAGGUCCCUUUUUUUGAGGUAGGUUCUUGUUCUUGGGGUACUUAUUGGUAAUUUAGGUUAGGUAGGUUCUUAAUUAGGUUCUUACAAGUAAUUUUUAUGAAGGACAUAAUAGAUUGUUGAUAAUGAGAAAAAUAAAUAAAUUUUCUGUUUAUUCACAAUUAUGAUAACCCUAACAAAACUUAUUACCGAAUAUCAUACAGUUUAGUACAGUAUGUUUUUGUCGUACUUAAAUUUACAACUUAAAGUUACACUCCUUUGUUAAAUUGUUUAUCAUAAUUUAACAGUAAAAAUUAACCAGAAGAACCUGCUUGAUUAUAUUUAGCUUGCCUAAACAGGUUCUUGUAUUCUUAGGUAUUAAAGUGCAGAUUUGGUCCGUACAUUAAGUUGAGGACCGAAAAUUUACCAAUCUAGAAAAAGAAAGAUAAGUUAUGGUGAAAAAAAAAGAACGAAAAUAUAAAUAUGAGCGGUCUUGACAAAUGAUUUUGAGCAGAACAUAUUGAACUCAUUGUGCUGUAACUGAGGGCAUAACUGUUUAUCCUGUAGCAAGUGAGAUCUCAGUGAAAUGGGCUGUGAAUUGUUGUGUUUAGUUGUUAUUUUACAGAAACUACUGCCACUAUAGUCAAUGUAACUUAAAUUAUAUCAUUAUCUUUCCUUACCGUUUCAGUGUAAAAUUAUGCCUGAAACUACAAUGAAGGUCACCAAGGAUACAGUUACAAUUAGUGAACUGAUGGAAUGGCGGUCUUGUCAAAAAGGACAAACUGUUCAACUAAAAGAUGCUGAUCCAAAUGAGCGUCAGCAGUUUAUUGACAAGAUGCCCGCCAGUAUCAAAGGUAAGAGUGUGAAAUAUGGUUUUUGAUGAAAAGAGGAAUGAGAUUAAACUUACUGUAUGUACGUAAGUUUAGAAACAGGUUGCUCAAGGCUAUGACGAGAGUAGUUAGUUUGUUUUUUUGAAUUGAGAAGCAUAUGGUUAAACCCGUACAUAUGUAUGAAUAGCUGGUCUUAAAUAUUUAAGAUUGAUGAGUGAAAUAUCCAGACUAAAGUUUAUAAAGAUUAACGCUUAUGAAUUUGGUCAACCGGCAAUCCUUGCGUCAAAACGCGCUGUCAACAGUGUCAAGAAGGGUAGACUACAAGAACAACAUCGAUCUACUUAAAAAGAGCAUGAUAUCAGGCUGGCCCCAGUUCUAGUCUUUUGGAGUCAACAAAUCAGAUCAUAUUCAAGACUAGAUGAAAGCUUAGGGUCAAACAUUAGUUAGACUUUCUCAAAGCCCGCUUCCAUUUUUCUUUCUUUCUUUUUUUUUUUUUUUAAGACUAUUUCUCUGUGGGUAAUUCAUCAACCAGUGCUAGAUGAAUCCGGGAAGAGCUACAUGAUUGUAUUUUUUACCCCUUAAUUCAUUUCGUUGUUUCUAAAGACGUAUCUCACGUUGGCUCAGAAUGUUGAAACACUCAAUAGCGCUAACCUAUCCAUCGCAAAAUUAAACAAGACUUACCUGUAACUUGAACUUUGAUUGAGAUUCUACCGAGUUAUAAAGUACUGGGAGCCGGUAAAAGUAAAAAGGAAACAUCUCUUGACAAAGAGUAUUAGCCUGCACAAGGCUUCAAACUAGAUUAACUAAAAGAAAUAUACAUGUAGAAUACUCCAUUGAAAGUACGCGCGUACGGUUGACGUAUCAGAGAGAUGCAAAAACAAAUUCGUGCUUAAAUACUGCACAAAGCACUUUCCAUGUGGUUUUGUGUUUCGUAUACAUCUUCAGUAUAUAUACCGAGAGAUCAUUCUGUCAGCCUUUUUUUUUAACGAUUUCCAGAGUGCUAAAAUGAUAAACUUGCUGCUACACAUUGUGAAAUGACUUGAAAGGAAACGACGUCUCUGUGCGUGACGUCGUCGUUUAAAACCUAUAAGUAUUAAAAUUAGAACGAGGGUAAGGAUAUGAGGUACAGGCGCUGAUCUAGGAUAACUACUGACCGAUUUUCUAACAGCGAACGCCGAAAGCGCAAGGUUCUAGGGAGGUCCGGGGGCAUUCUCCCCCUCUGGAAUUUUUCGGAUUUUAACUUCCUAAACACCCUUUUCCUUGGUUUCUCAGUCAUUCAGACAGGAUAUUGGCCAGUUGCGGAUGAAUCCUUGCAAAUCGGCGGAUCACUUCAUCAAGGUCAAUUUCCGUAUUGUAGUGGAUAUGAAGCAAGGCGAGUCCAAACCAUUUUCAAGAUUAACUUGGAAAUUUUUGUAUUAAAAAUGUAUUUAUUAUAAAAAAUUUGACCGAUUCCCAUAAGUCGAUCUGUAGAAACUGGUGUGGAUCCGCGCCUGAGGUAAUACAGGAUUAUACUAUUAGUUACCGUUUUGCUUUAAAGAGUUGCCUGCUGAAAAUAAAUGAGUUUGAGCAAAGUGGCCGGUUUGAAUUAGCUUAAUAGAAAAAUAGCUCCUAUAUGGUCUCAACAAAUAACCUUUUUGAAUGACUACGAAGCAACUCGCCAAGCAAGCACAGGACGAAAUAACGUGUUUCCGUAUUUUGUAAACUCGACUGAAACGUGCAGUUGCUUAAAUCCGUCUCGUUUCCGCCCUGCGGAAACAUGGUGAUCUAGUUUUCCAUGGACGGGACGCGUUUCCGUUAUGUUUCCUAGUCGGAAACGAACGAUCAUGUUUCCGCCACAUUUCUGUUAGCACAUUUCCGUUCUUUCUUGUUUGCAUUACGUUUCCGGCGACCCAUGUCCAAGAUCGCAUGAUAAAUGUUUCAGAAAUUUUGGCUCUGCGUACAAUCAAGGUGAAUAAAGGUAAAUUUACUCUCGAGAUCGGGCCAUUAAACGGUCAGGCUCAUGCAUUAAAUACUCGCGCGCGUUGCAUUGAUGCAACGACUGUGAAGUGCGCGAGGUUGCCACCGUUUUCGAUUCUAAGUGAUUAAAAUGGCAGAGAAUACCAACAGCUGUCGAUAGUUGUCAGAUUGAUCUCAAUCAGUACUGGCAUAAAAGUAAAAUGAUCUUAGACAUCUUAGGCUGAGAAAACAAGAAAGAAUGGGGAGAAUGGGGCCUAGAACAGAGCGGAGUGCUGGUCAGCGGACGUUUCUUUUGCUCAUGCUCAUUCCGGUCGUUCUUUUUGGCGUCCAUUUUGAAAGUGAUUGCAACGGCUUCAAAUUUGCCAGCUUCUGUAGGUUCUAGGAGCGUAGAGUCAGUAUAUUUUUGCUUUCCGAUUGCACCACAAGACAUCUAAGGGUUAUUAUGUAUAUUUGUCGACCCAUCGGCCUUCAGUAGUCGAUCGCUUCCCUCGUAAAGCGACCCUUUUCUGACACUGGCAGGAUGUGAGAGAAAAACCUCGUGAUGGCCAAGAAUAAUUUGAAAGUUGGAGUGUUUGAUUGUGCCAAGGAUAUCCAAGACUGUAUAUUGUGAUGGAGAAUACAGAUAGCACGACGAGGUAAGCUGCCCUGACACCAAAUCUAAGUUUCUUUAACCACUGAUCAAUAACUACUAGUACUUAGCAACUUAAAGGAGCAGUGUCACGAAAUUUGUCAAAACUACAGCAGUGGAAACCACCACCAAUCUCAGUGAAACAUAAAAAUACUGCUCAAAACAUGAAAAGAAGUUUUAAGUAACAAAGCAAAGAGCAAGAGUGAGUACAAAUAAAGAUUUUUGUUAGUGUAAAAAUGAGGAACAGAUGGACAGACUUAAAGAAAGUUGAAAAGGAUGGCAAUUGGUCCUUUUGAAACUUGUUAGCUUGACAGUUUUCCAGAUUUCAUUUUUGUGGUCUUCAGUGUUUGAUAUAAUGCUUGGCAGACAUAUGUUUGUUGACACAAAGCUGUGAUUGAUAAGUAAUUUCUCAAGUUUCAUAGCAAAUGCGAUAUGGACAUGUGUAAGUGUAAUUACAGUUGAUUUCACAUGACCUUACUGCACCACGUUGCAAAGUUCGCUGGCAAAUUGGAUAGUACUUUGCAGAGUAGCCAAUACCAUGGCGAGUUAGGGAAUCAAACUGCGAACUUUGAGACGUAGUUAACUUUGGUGCUACUGAACUUCAUAACUUAAUUUACCGAGAAAGACAGUAACAAAUUUCGUCGAUCAAUAAUUUGUACAUACAGGAAGGCCCUACACAGAGUCUUGUGAACGACAAAGAUCAAGUACAGUAUGUAUACUACAGAAAUACAAAAACAGUUUGUCAAAAAUUAGGUUAUUGACCCACAAAGGUUCAAUUAGUCGUGUAUUGACACUUUCGAUUUGGUUUACUCAUACAAAAAAAGUUGACAAUAGUUCCAAAGGAGUGCUUAUAAUAUAAUAAUGCUUUACUGAGAAUGCUCAAGAUAAACUUGAAGAAUAUUUAGAUGUUUGCAGUAACUGUGAUCCCAGGAAUAGGGACUUUUUUAACAAGAACUCAGUGAUUAAUGCAACUGGGAAAAGAAGUUACGCUAGACCGGGAGUAGUCAAUCGAUAAAACUUGGUAUCGAUAAAAAUCGAUGGUAAUCAAGUGAUUUUUAUCGAUUGAUAACGGAAAUCGGUUAAAAUCGAUAAACUAAAUUGCUGUGUCAAAUUGAUAUUAUUGAUAUUUCAUGAUUUUAACAAUUUAUAACAGUACUUCCAACAUUGUUGUUUUCUGGCAUAAGUGCAGCUGAGAAAACUCAUCCACGAGUAACAACUGAUCAACAAACAUGGAAAUAAGAAAUGUGGAAACUAUUACAGACACAAGGGUCUCUCUAAAACCGUGACCCUUUUGUACAUAAUAACAGGAACGGUUCGGUUUUAUAAUUAUUACAUCAAAGGGAUGCCCAAAAUUCAGACUAAAAGAUUUCUCUGGAUAGCUUUUCACCGUUUUCCGUUAUCAAUCGAUAAAAUCACUUGAUCGCUAACGAUUUUUAUCGAUUUAGUUUUUUAACUAUUGGCUACUCCAGGAAGUAACUACACGCGGAACUGAAGUUAUUUUGAAUGGGCGGCAGAUCUACAUUUUGAAAAACUGGGAAAAAUAAAAAACCUGGCUAAUAUCGGCCAUCUGAAGAAGACUUUAAAGCAGGUUUUAAAGAAAAGAUAAGGUUUUUUAAAACUUUUUUUAAAAGACUUGUGAUAAUAAAUUGUUUGAUCCUUCGACUCUCAAUUUUUGCAACUCAAUUGUCAACAAAUUCACUGUUUGCGUGAAAUCAGUUUUCAUUUUUGGAUGAGCAGAAGAACAGAUGUAUCUUCCGAUAAAAAGCGAUGGAAUUGGUAAAAUCUAGAUAAAUCGAUAAACUAAAUGAGUGUGUCACAGAUUUCUACCAAUUGAGCGAUACAAUCAAUGUCAAUCAAAUCAGAUUUACCAAUCUUUAUUGAUUUAUCGAUUGAUAAAUUGAUACCUAUUUUUAUCGAUUGACUACUCGGAUGUUGAGCAAACUUGUGAAGUUCAGUCGCGCAAAAGUUGACAACUACAUCUCAAAGUUUGCAAUUGAUUUCCUAUAAACUCGCUACAUAAUUUGGCUACCUCAUGAUGUGGUACCCAAUUUCCAAAUGAACUUAAAUGUAAUGUGGCGUGGUAAAUAGUGUGAAAUCAACUGUCACAGAAUGAUACUAAAAUUGUAGCCCCUUUAAGUCUUCAUCUCGGUGGACAGCAAUACCAGCAGUGAAGUUAAACUGGUAAAACUUCUUCUAUUAUUCUGUAUUAUGCUGCAGUUCUAUGCAAGCAUCAUAUUGACCAGUGGGGAUGGGGUACUCCUUAUAAAUUAUGUUCUCUCAAAUGAAAUCCAAACAAUGUUCCCACAACUUGCAAAGCAACCAGGAGAUUUGUUUACUGAUCAUCCCUUAUAUAACCAAAGAUCUGUGGUUUUGAGGAAAAAAAAAAAAAAAAAAAGGAAAUUGAAGGUCGGACAUUAUUUCUCUUUAUUAUAGUUUGGUUACUCUCAAGUGUAUUGAUUUUACAUGUAACUGUAUAUCACUUUUCAGACAUUUCCUGUUAAACAGUUUCCUCUGUAGAGUUUGAAAUAUGCAACACAUUACUAAUAAUAGCCACCAAAGAGUUGAGCUGGAGUAGUGUUUUGUGGCAAACAUAACAUUGAAUUUAAGGUGGCUAAACACAGUUUUGCGGGCAGUCAGCAGUAACUUUCGCGUGACGGGCGCAUGUUUUAAAUUAGACAAACCAACAAGGCAGCGAAAAAAAAACAAUGGUACACAGAAGAUGAUUUCUCAAAAUCUACUCAUUAAAAUUCUAAGAUGUUUGGCAGAAUUUUUUACUUUUAUCGUAUUUUAAGUUAUUCAGAUAUGCAAGCUCCUAUUUACAUAAGCUCUGUAGAAUAGACUUAGUUUGACUAAAUUUGACACUUUCUCCAGUAAUUUUUCAAUCAGCAUCGUAACUUAAGUAACGUGAUAUCCUCACUCAUAGCUCAGUGUGCAUUGUUGUCGGUUAAGAUGUUAUAUGGUUGCAGUGACUGUCACUUGUUUUUUUAGUUUCCUCGCAGCUUCAAUACCAAGGUACAAAUACAAGUGAGAAAAACAAAAGGCAUGAUAUUUUGUCAAUUAUUGAUUUAUUUCCUCUGUUGGUACGCCUCUCACUGCUAAAAUAUUUUAGUUUAGGAAUUACAUGUAUAUCCAGCAUAUCACAUUGAAUGUUUGGUUUUUAAGCUAGAUCAAACUCUUUCACAUGAAAGAGUUUUAUGCAGCUUAGCCAUUCAACAAAACCCAACUCACCAAAAAAGUUGAGUACAUACGUACAAUUUUUCAAGUCAAUCAAACAUUGAGUUAUCAAACAAAGUGGAACCCACGUAAGGAAAAAUUCGAAUGGAACAACAUUGAACCUUUAAAUUCCAAACUCUUGAUGACAUGUGUGUUAAUUAUUGAUCCAGUGUGAAAGUAGUCAAGGUGAUGAAAGGUCUUUCUCAGGUGGGGGGAAGAGACGAGGUCUAGGACCAAGAAACGAUGUUCUCACAACUUGCAAAGCGGUCACCCAGCGUGGUGGUCAGUGGAUAAUUACGGUAUUUUUCCCACAGUAAAUAUUUUAGAAGCAAGAAUUGAAGCGAACCGGCAGAGGAAAUCAGAAAUGCUUAAAAAUUGAAAAAAUUAUAUCCUGCAACUUUGUUUUUCUUGCAUACCAUAUUUGUCUUUCAGUACUGAAAUGCGGGGAAACUAAAAUGCAACCGUGCUAGAUCUUAACCAACAACAACGCUCGUUGGAUUUAUUUAUAGGUUACAUCAUUUUUGCCGGGCAAGGAUAACUUGAUGCUGAUAAAAAUUACUGGAGCAAGUGUCAAAUUCAUCGGAAGCAAGUAUAUUCAAGAAAGCUUUAUAAAUAUGAGCCUACUGUUCUACAUAUCAUAACUGAAUAAAAAAUUAACACUUCAUAACAUUUCACUUUGUUUAUUUCAAUCAGUCAACACCUUGAAUCCAAAGUUAAAAUUCAAAACGAUCGUAAAACAAAUCACAACUACUACUGAAAGCUCUGUACCUUGAAGCGACUUUAACUUUCCUAAGAUUUGCAGCAAAACACUGCUCGAUAGCUCAACUCUUGAGGCCUUUUUCUUAGCAGCUAUAAUGAAGAUAGCUAUAUGUUGCAUAUUCCAAACUCUGCAAAGGGAAAUUGUUUUACAGAAAAAGAAAACCACAUAAAAUCAAUAAAUUUGCAAAUUACCAAAAUAUAAUAGUGAGAAACAGUCCCCGCCUUAUACUGCCAUGCUUUUGUUUUUUUUUCAAGACUGUUGAUCUAUAGUUUUUGACGUAAUGCGCAUGAUCAGUACACAAAUCCGCUGGCAAGUCCCUUGCUGAUCACUUUGCAAGUUGUGAGAACAUUGUUUGGAUUUCAUUUAAGAGAAUGUAUGGGAAGUAGCUUUCCACCCCCGUCUUGCUUCUUUUAAUAUUUCAAUCCAUUUCAGAGUUAAUUCUAAAAUAUAUAUUCUCUGCAAAAAUGUCAGUACAUUUGUUUCCCAAGGAAAAGGUCUUUAAAUCUGCAAGUUGAAAUCAUCUCGAUUUUACUCUUUGCUCCUCAAUUGGCCUGAAUAGUAAGCAUUUUCCUUCUGAAUCUAGCGCUUGUCAGAUUUCCCUGGCUUUUUUGCUUUCCCAGGGGUGACUCAGUUUUUACAUUUGAUUUUUUUUUUCAAUAUAAUUUGGUGUGUUUUGAUUUUGUUCAGGCAUCAAGCUCAAAAAAGCUGUGUUUGAUAUUGUUUGACAGCUUGUAUUCAGAAACGUUUGAUGGGAAUUUUGUAUUGUGUAAUACAUAGUACACCGAGGGGAGGGGGGUGGUUAUAAAAUGUACAUGACUGCAAUUCCCUGCUGCCCACCAGGGUGAUUGCUUUACAAGUUGUGAGAACAUCAUUUCUUGGUUCCACACCUAGUUACUUUCCCCUGCCUCUCCUGGUAUUGACCCUGUUCAUGUAGAUGAUAAUGUGCCACCUGCAAGAGGUUAAACUUUCUCUUUAGUGCCCUGGAAAAAUAGGCUUUUUGUUACUGGUAUCGGGAAUUAUGCAUCAGUCAAUUCCCGGGCGUGGGGACUCUUGAGCUGUCAAAUCCCCCGGGGUGGGGACAAAAAAAGAGGGCAAAUGCCCACUCCGCUGUCAACACUGCAACAUUUUUCAUUGAUCGCAUGGUCGAAUAAUCUUGUUUUAAGCAUUUUAAUGUGUGAUUUUUCGUUUCAAUUAACGUCUUCCUUUGUAAUAGCGCUAGGAUUCUAAUGAAGACUUCACUCCACGAUGACAUGCACCAGUUUAGGGUUUCAGUAUUAAUAUAAAAUUAUUGACAUUAAAAUUAAUAGAACGCUGUAACGUUAUAUGUUACGAAUAGUAAUAUGAAAGGAUGUUCUUGAAGUAAUAUCAACAGAAAUUUGAUUCAAUAACCAAAACACAUUGAUUCACAUCGAUAGCUCCGGUUUUCUCUAUGUAAUUCUGGCUUGAUAUGCAAUGAAGAAAUGCAUGCAUAAAAUCGAGAACAUAACUUUACAACCCUCUUCAUUUUAUUCCUGGGGGGGGGGCUUGGCUCAGCUGGAAUUGACUGAUGCAUUACAGACAGCCUCUGUUUGCAUUAAACCCUUGGUCCACAGUCUUAUUGUGCAGGGAACAUAAUAUCCUGACUAUAUUACUAUGAAACGCAACUGUAUACAUGUACAUUUGUGGUUAUAUAUUAUUCAUUUACUACGUGUAGUUUUCUUACUGCAAAAAGGUUUUUCCUCCCCCUGAUUGCCUGGGGAAUAGCCUCUGUCAAAUUUUGCUUAAAAGCACUUUGUUUUGUUUUUCAUCCAACAGUCAGAUCACCUUGGUAUGCAAUUUUGGUGCAGAAGGUUCUCUCAAAGCAAGCAAGAUCAUGGAACUUAAUUGGCCUCACAAAACAGAGCUUGGCCAAUAUCCAGCGGUCGAGCACUAAGUAAUGACUUGAGAAUAGAAGUGACUUAAAACACCAGUAUCCUCGUGACAUACACAGCGUGCAAAGAAAGCAGUGUCCAAUAGCCCAGGGCUAGUGGAUUUUGCUAUAGGGCUAGUGAAUUCUGUUCUUAACUUGCCAGACGGGCAAGUGAUGUUUUUGAGAAAUUUGAAUAACAGAAGAACUGUGAAAUAAGUUCUGCUCAUCAAGCAGAUGGCAAGCUGUAAAAAUGAUUUUCUUUGCACUCUGCAUACAUGUAGUCCCUUAAAACAAUUUGAAAAACUGUCAAGGUCUUGAAAUAAUAAUUAUUACCUUCAUCAAUGUUUGAUAGUAAAACAGAGUUUAUGUUCAAGUUUAUAAGAUUCAUUUAAAAGUAUCCGUUGAUUUUGUGAGAGGUGUAAAAAAAGGUAUACAUGAAACACAUAAAAAAUUUUAGCAGACUUGAAUUUUGUAACACUGAAGCCAUACUUUUUGGUUGGUGUAUUUUUGCAUUUGAAUCUUUGCACUGGUCAUAGAGAAUUGUAAGUAGUUUAGAACACCAUGUCAGAAGAUUAAGAAUAUUUCCUGACACAAUAUAAUAAUUUUAUUGUUAUCCUGAAUGGUUUAAGGCUAGGAUUCAUUUGAAAUAAGAAAGUGGAAAAUGAUCAAACAGGAACUGAUGAUUUGACAAUGACCAUGAAAUUGAUGAUCACGUUGUUGAUAAAACGUCAGUCGCUGUCAACAACAGUCCUACUCAGGACAUUCACCAGACAAAUCAUAUUCCACUUUGCUGAAAUAUUAUAGGCUGUAAAACUAUCACUAGCCAUAAGCUGCACUUGAAUUCAAGACUACAUUAGUGUCUGUUAAAUUUGUUAGUAUGUUGAAAAAAAGGCUAGGUUUUCAAUUUGUGAAGUAUACAAUUAAUUUACCUCAAAAACAGUACUUGUAUUAUGUCAAAGUUUAGCCAUUCAUUUUUUGUUGAUCUAAUUUGUGCAUUUGAAUCUUUGCACUUAUUUUAUACCCUCUAAGCACGCUACAACUGUGUUCACUUUGCAACUUCUGCGUAUGAGAUAGGACCAUAAAUAAGCAUUGUUUGAUACGAGUCUAUGUGCAGGAAAUGAAUAAAAUUUUAAAUGCAACACAGAUGGAUUUCAGGUUUAUGGUGGUAUAUAUUUGUCUGACUUAUAUAAUAGGUUAAUUUCAUGUAAGAAUAAAGAAAAAAUUGCCAUUGGAAAACCUGGUUUCGGCAAAUAUGAAACUUUUUGGACGUAUUUACGUAGUAACGGAAACAGACGGAAACACAGAAAAACAAGUCAGGUUGCCGGACCGUAUCUUCACGUUUCCGCCAGUAGAACGAACGAAAUAACAGGUUUCCGGUACGGAAUAUCGCGUUUCCGCAACAUAAGCACACGUUAACGAUUGCGGAAAUACGUGAUUCCUGAAACGGAAAUCUGUCGGAAACAUGUAAAAAAGUGUUCCGGUUCCGUUGAAAACGCAGCGACGGAAACAUGAGAAACCGUAAUGUAUCCGCUAACGGAAACACGCGUUUGCCGCUGUGUUUCCGCAACGGAGUCACGUGUUUCCACCAUGUUUAAGUUUACGGAUACUUGAUUUUUCGUCCUGUGAAGGAUGCUGCAAGCACCUAUAACAGGUCGGAAAUUAAGAGCGAAACUCACGAACCGCUGUCGAGGAGAGAGUAGCAAUACUCCUAGGCAUGUUUCAAGCUAAAGAAAACUGGAUAAGUUCCGCCCGUUCUAGAAGUAACCACUAAAUAAAUGUAAUAAAUAUCAACCACUAAUGCAAUACUAACCAUUAAUGUAAUAAAUAUCAACCACUAAUGUAAUAAAAAAAGUUAACUAAUAAUAAUAAUAAUCAUCAUUAUCAUAGUAAUAAUAAUGGGUCUUUAUUUCACAUAAGAUAAAGAUACAUAUCCGAUGUUACAACUGUUUAUGAAUAAAACAUUAAAAAAAACAUAAUGAAAUAAAUAAUAUAAUCAUAGAAUCCUAACUAUCCUGUACUAAGGUUGAGUUUAAAUAUUAAUCUAUUUACAAAGGCAGACAUGAGAUUAUAAGAACAGACUUUCUUUGAAGGAAUAUAUGAAGCUAGCGGGUGAUUGUUUAUAGAAGUUACUUUCUUAAAAAUUUUACAGUCUUGAUUCUAUUAAUUAACAGAUCCUUGACUGAAACGGGGUAAGAAAUAAAACGGCGUUUAUGACAUCUAUCUAAAAAGUUCUGUAUAAUAUUAAGAUUAGGUUCAGAAGCUCCAUAUACGGGUAAACCGCCAUAAAUAAAAUUUAGGCGAAACUAAGACAGUGAACAAGUGAUCUAUUUCUGCUGGUGAAUAUUGCUUUUUUCUAAGGGUCCUUAAAACAUGGAGACAUUUAUUUGCUUUAAUUAAUUUGAGAUUAACAUGCGCCCGAAACAGGCUUACAAUCACUCUGGAUCGUAACCCCCCAAGACUACUGCAUUGAGAAAUGUCGAAUACGGGGUUAUAUUGAGAAUUGUUGCCUUUACUUCUGAAGAUAAGUUCUUUACAUUUUUUUGGAUUGCAAGAGAUGUUGUUCUCUUUAGACCAUGUCAUAAAUUGUCCCACAAGGUUAGCAGACGGAUCACAUUGAUUACUAACAGGAGACACUAUUGUAGACUGACCAGCAUAUUAAAGUAGAGCAGGAGCAUUGUUAAAAGAAAUUUCUAGGUCAUUCAAAAAUAUAUUAAAUAGAUAAGGCCCGCUUACGCUUCCUUGGGUGGUCCCCUUGUUAACGACCUUCCAGUUGCAGAGGUGAUUAUUAUAGAAAAUUUGCUGUUACCUAGCAACCAAGAAGCUAUGGUACCAAUUAACGAUGUAAGGAUUGAGGAAAGCUGCUUAAGUUUAGCUGAUAACUUGCUAUGAUUUACGGAAUCAAACGCUUUGCUAAAAUCCAUUGUAAACAAACGAACUGCCUUACAGUCGUCGUUGUCUAUAUACAUGGUGUUGAAUGGACAAUAAGCCGUUUGUGCAGUUACCCCCUUGCCUGUGUUCAAAUUGGCUAGGGCUAAGGCUAUUUUCUACAACCGCUUUUGCAUGGGUGUGGUACACAACUUUUUCGAAUGUUCUUGCGAUCACGGACGUGACUUUGAUGACUCAGUAGUCCGAAUCCUCUUUGGGGAUGUCGAACUUCGGUAGGUGGUUGAUGUUCGCCCUCUUCCAAGAGUCCGGCCAGGUGUGAGUUGACAGCGACAAAUUCCAGACUUGGGCUAUAACCGGCGUUAAUAGUUCGGCAUAAUAAAAAACUUAACCACUAACGUAACAACUUUGCGACCAUUAAUGUAACAAACUCAAAGAGAACAGCUGAUUGGCUAUUUAGAAUUAUUAGAAUUUAUAAAAAAUCCCCCUGCUUUGAUGUCAGGCAUUGCUGUUUCAACGAAAUAAGUCGUUUAGGACUUGUUCUAUACCCGAAGAUUUGAUUGCCAAGGCACAGUGGCUCAAAAAUGCUGCAAAACGUUAAGUCUUGUGGGGAAGUUUUAACGGUCAGUCUGAAAGUGACAAUGUUGAGUGACCUUGUAAAUAGGGGAGACUCCCUACAGUUCUCUACAUAGCAGGGCUCUGCCUUAAAGGGGCACUGAACAUUAUUUUUUUUACGCUGAAGUCGUUUGCAUGAGAUGGAUACCUUUUCUUCGAAAAAAUGGUAGAGUAAGGGGUUUACGUUUUCAAAGAAAUUGUGGUGUUGUGUCAGUUGGGGAAUGAUUUAAAAAUUAAGGAUUUUGAACUCAGGGCAGAGCCUCCUCAGGGACCUCAAGCACAAGCAUUAACAGUCUCUGAUUCGUUAGUUUAUCAUGCAUUUGCACGCCAUCGGAUUUACAACCCCGAUACAAAUACAACAUAGCCUUCCUCAAGUAAUACACCAUCCAAAGCAGUAAACAUGUUAAACAUGGAUGCCUGCGAGAAUAACUGCCACUGAGCAGCUUGGCCGAGCCUUAACCUAGAACUCUAGAAGCACAUAUGCAACAGUCGACGCGUUUUGUUACUUUCAACACAGGUAGCCCAAUUUCGAAAUAUGAGUAUCGGCGAACAGCGGCCAUGUUGCGUAACAUUCGAAAUAUAAAGAUUUGUAUGGGAAAAAAAUUAUCGUUUCCGUGACCUACGAAAAGGAUUUCAAUAAAAAACAGCUUACCUUGCAUAAAGUGUGUGCUACGUCUCUCUUGUGAGGUCCAUGGGCCGAUUUAAGGCCGUUUUAUGUGUUGUACUGUAAACGGUUUUCUCUCUAUAUAAAGGUUUACCAAGGCUGGGGACUCCAGCGAAGCGGCCCGACGGAUCCACCGAAGGAAAACGGCCGGAAAUUCGCUCCAACGUCUCCAGUCGCCUCCAAAUUCCGCCUAGUUAACACACGAUAGUUCUGCUUUCCACUCGUGAUUUUGCUUCAAGACGCCUUUGCAUCGAGAGCGAAUCAAAGGUCGCCAAUCUCUUCAACCUUUCCCGUCUGAAGCCAUUGACAGAACCUUGGUUUGAACUCCGCGUUACCGUUGAAAGAUAGCGACACGACCUGAGACUCAAAUUACUCACAGUCGGGGUGGGAGACAGUCUCUUGCUCCCGUUGACAUCAAUACCCGAGAAAGAAAACAACAAUUUGCCUUGAAUAUCGGACUUAGAUCCUCAAAAAAACUUCGCUCGCUCGGGUUUUCUUCUGAGCUCCCAGCCGCGAACAAAACAGUGAGGAAUUUCUUCAGGGCAAAUUUGUCAAAUUUGUCGCUCGAUCAUUUGACUUUUCUUCAAAACGACAACAAAGUAUUUUCUUCAACUUCCACUUUUCAUUUGCACAUAUUAUCGGUGCAUGUUAAACCGCACAGGAGAGCAGAUUUGCUUAAUAUUUGCCUCAAUUUUACCGCGCUCGCGUUUCUUCGCGUGCACCAACGGGCAAAUAGUAGAUGGCUAACUGACCAAUCAGAGCACGCGCUUUACUUUUGUUAUGUUAUAAAUAAACCUUGUAUGCCGUAGUUUUUGUUUAUUCUUAGGUAUGCUUUCUGCCUUAAAUACUUGAAUUUAGAGUUCUAUUUUUUCUUUUUUCUGCCACCAAGACAUACUCUUCUCCUCUCCUGGACGACGUUGAGUGAUUAAUUUCCUUGUCUGAAACUCUUACAGAAAAAAUGCAAGAUCUACGUGGAGCAGGCGUACAAACUCCUAUCCCAAGGCCAUCAAGAGAAAUACAGCAGCACGAACGAGAUUUAGAGAGGCAGCUCAGAGAAAUGCGGAAACGCGAAGAAAAUUUGCAAAGACAGUUCAGGGAGUUAAAGCAAAACUCGCCAAGACGGCAGCAACGCGAAGGAAACCUUCAAAGGCAGCUGAGAGAGACACAGCAACGUGAAGAAAACUCACAAAGGCAGCUGAGGGAGACGCAGCAACGUGAAGAAAACUUACAAAGGCAGCUGAGGGAGACACAGCAACGUGAAGGAAACCUUGAAAGGCAGGUGAGGGAGUCACAGCAACGUGAAGAAAAUUUGCAAAGACAGCUGAGGGAAAAAGACCAGGAAGUAAAUGAACUAGAGUUAAGUCUUUCAUUAGCUCAGCAAACAAUCAGUGAACAACGACGACAGGAAACAUGCGACUGGGUUAUUUCCCGUAAUGAAAUUCAGAUGACAGAGAAUUGCCUAGGGAGGGGUGGUUGGGGAAGUGUCAAUGAAGGUGCCUACUGUGGCUGUACUGUGGCAGUGAAGCAAAUCCAUGACCUGAUUCUAUCCCGCCAUAACAGGCUUUUAUUUGAAAGAGAAAUGAAUAUUGCUUCAGCUUGCCGCCAUCCCUGUUUGCUACAGUUUAUUGGCGCCACAAAUGAUGAAGGAAGUCCGCUAUUUGUGACAGAGCUCAUGGAGAAAAGUUUGCGAGCUUUGUUUGAAGAGCGGCCGCUUUCCAAAACAGAAAUACGCGUCAUUUCUCUGGAUGUGGCUCGUGCUCUUAACUAUCUUCAUCAGAAGAAACCAUCACCAAUCAUUCACCGGGAUGUCAGCAGUGCCAAUGUGUUGCUAUGGCGACAGGGUGACCAAUGGAGAGGCAAAGUGUCAGAUUAUGGCACUGCUAAUUUCAUGCAGCAGGCCAUGACAGUGGCUCCUGGAGCUAUGAUUUAUAGCGCACCUGAAGCACUUUCGUCAAAUCAGACUCCUAAGGUUGGUAAUCGUUUGUUUCAGAUCUGA